AGCGCGGGAGGAGGAGGAAGAAAGAGGGAGCGCAAAAGCGAGGAGGCGCACGGGAGAAAGGGAGGAGGGGAAAGGGCGGAGGCAGGGACACGGAGCGGCGGGACACGAGGAAAGGGGGGAAGGAGGGCCACGGGCCGAGAGAAAGAGGAAAAGCAAGACGGCGGGGGAGAGCCCCGGAGGCGCCACAGGACGGACAAAAGCCAAAACCGGAGGGACAGCGGAGAGAGAACGCGGAAGAAGCGGGACAAGAGGGCCAAGGAGAGGCGAGGCAAAGCCGGGAGGAGACAAGAGGGCCGAAGAGCCGAAAGGGGGGACGGCCAAAGAAAGAGGGGAAACGCGCAGCAAGAGGGGCGAAGGAGAGGAACAAGAAAAAGACAAGAAGCGCACAAGCGCCAGGAAGAAGGGGGAAGGGCAAAAGGCGCGCAAAGGAAAGGGGGGCAGACAGGGAAGCGCGAAGGAGCAAAGGGCGGGGAGAGAGGAGGGAGCGGGCAAAAAGAGGAGCCAAAAAGAAAGGAAGCGCAAAAGCCGACGAGGCGGACCAGCGGCAGGGGAGAGGAAGGGGACGGCGAGGCGCGAGCACCGAGAGCGAAGAAGGGGGGCAACAGACAAAGGAGGGAGGGAGCGAAAAGCAGAGGAGGGCGAAAGGAAGGCCAAAGAGGAGGAGGGGCAGGAAGCGCGAAAGGCGGCGCGAAGGGCCGAACAACCGGCAACCGCCAGGGCAGGAGAAAAGAAGGGGGAGGAGGACGGACGAACAAGGGGCGCGGGGGCAAAAAGGGAGAAGGGGGAGGCGAAAAGGAGACAACAAAAAGGCGGCGCGGGGAAAAGGCAGCGCGCGCAGAACACAAGAAGAAAAAGGCGAAGAAAACAAGGAGGGGGCGACAAGGGCCGCAAACCCGGACAGGGGAAAAGAAAGGGGCCGGAGCGAGCGGGAGCAAGGAGCAAGGCAAAAAGGGGGAAGCGACGCCGAACAAAGCCGAAAGCAAAAGGGGCAAGCGCGACAAAAGAAAAGCGCGCGGGAGCAACGAACCAAACGAAAAGGAGGAGGCGGAGGAGGCAGCAGCAAGCGAGGAAAGGGCAGGGGGAGGAGGAGACGGCGCGAAGAGGCAAGGCAAGGGAGGGGAGGACAAGGGAAGAGGGGCGGAGGGCGCGGGAGCAGAGGAAGAAGAAGGAACAGCGAAGGCGGGCAAGGCGGGGAAGGGGCGGGGGCGCGGAAGCGAGGGACGAAGCGAAGGCGAGCGCAAGCAAGGAGGCGAAGGCGGGAAAAAAGAAGAAAGGAAGAAAAAGGGCAAGAGGCGGGACGGGAAGGGAGGAAAGGGAAGAAGGAAAAGAGGCAGCGGCAAGAAGAGGGGAAAGCAAGAGAGGGGAGAGAACAGAAGCGGAGAGCGACGAGGGCGACGGGCACGAAGGCGGCGAAAAGGAGAGAGAAAAGGGGGAGCAGGCAAAAGCCAGCAGGAGAGAGAACCGGAAGGGGAGGACGCCACAGGGGCGCAAACCCCGCAAAAGCGGACGAAGGCGACGACGACGGGAAAGAAGAAAGGGCAAGGGGGAAAAGGGGGAAAAGGCAGAAGAGCACGAGGAGACAAGGACGGGGCGAGCAAAAAAGCAAAGGGGAAGGGGAAAGGCCGAAACAAGGGGAGGACGACGGCAAAGCAACAAAAAGGCGCAAGCAAAGAGAGGCCAAAGAGGCAAGGGCAAAAAGAGGGCAGAGAAAAGAGGGAAGCGGGGCGAGAAAGAAAGGGGGGAGAGGGAGCCCACGCAAAAAGGGGGGGGCAAGAGAGGGAAGGCGGGGAGAGACCAAAGCAACCAGGCGCGGCCCAGGGGCCAAAAGAGAAAAAGGGGGGCAAAACCGGCCAAAAAGGGGCGAAGGGAGGGAGGAGGAGCGGGGCGCGAAGGGGGACAAAGCGCCGCAGCGGAAGGCAAGAAGAGCAAGGGGGGGGGGGGACCAAAAAGCACGAACAGGAAAGGACCCAAGCAAGGAGGGGACCGAAAGGGAAGGAAGCGGGGGGCAGGAGGGGGGACAGCGAGAGGGGGGGCGCACGCCACAGGACGAGAAAGAAAGCAGAGCGAGGGAAGGGCAAAGAAAGCGAGGGACCAAAAGGGAGGGCGGAGGAAAGCAAAGGAGGGAAGGACAAAAAGGAGGGCACGAGCAAGAAAAAGGGGGAAGAGGGAAGAGGGGGGCGGCGGGAAGGCGGAAAAGGGAAGGGGGGAGCACGAGGCAAGGGGGGAGAAAGGCGAGCGGGGGAGAAGGGGCGAAAGAGAAGGGCCGAAGAAAAAGGAGCGCACAAAGGAGAGGGGGAGCGGGAAAAAGCGAAAGAAGAGGGGGGGGAGGGGAGCACAAGCAAAGAGGCAGGGGGCGGAAGGGCCAGAAAGGCGAAGGAAGCGAAGGGGAAGGGCACAGAAAGCGCAACCACGGAAACGGCAAGACGAGCAAGCAGCGGGCAAAGAAGAAGCGAGGAGAAGGCGGGCCAGAGAGGAGCGGAGCCAGAAGCAGGACAAGAAGACGCCAGAGGAGCGAGAGAAAGGGAGAAAACCAAAGAGGGGGAGGGGCAGAGGGGGAGGCAAAGGGGAGGCAGAGGAAGGAGAAAGGGCAGCGAAAAGCGGGGAGGAGCGGGCAGAGGAAGGAAGGGGGCGAGGAGAGGCAGCGACCAGCAAGGGGGCAGAGGGGAAGAAAAGAGCAAGGGGGGGGAAGAAGCCAGACACGGGGAGGGGGAGGAAAAAGCACAGAGCAAAAGGAGGGCGCGGGACGAAGAAAGGGCACAAAAGGGGAACAAGGGGCAGAGGGAGGGGGGAGACGAAGGAGACGGGGGAAGAGGAGGGGGGCAGGGAAGGGAGGAGGGGGAAAGGAAGGCGCGAGAAAAGCCCAGCCCGCAGCCAGAAGAAGGGGGAAAGGCGGGGAAGAAGAAGGGGGGGAGGGGAGCCGCACGGGGAAGGGAGAGGCAGGACAAGGGGGGAGCCAAGGAGGGAGCAAGGGACGGGGGAAGGGGGGGAAGCAAGGGCAAGAAGAAGGAAAGGGAGGAAAGGCGAACCAACGCGGCCAGGACACAACAAAGGGAGCCACCCAGGACCAGGCACCCAGGGGAACCAGAGGGAAGAGGGCGCAAAAAGCACCCGCCAGAAGGAAGGAGGGGGAAGAGGCAGGAAGGCGGGAAAACAAGAGCAGCGACCAGGGAAGCAGGGGGCACGGGGGAGCGAGCGCAGAGGGAACCAAAAGAAGGGACGAAGCGCGCAAGGAGCCGGAGGGAGAAAGGCGAGGCAAGAGGAGCGCGAGCAAGGCAAAAGAAAGGAGGGGGGGAACGGGGGCCAAGACCGGCGAACCACAAGGGGGGAGGAACCAAAGGGGGCGGCCGGAACAAAGCAAACGAAGAAGGCGGGAGGGGAGGAAGAAAGCAAGGCGCGGGGCAAAAGGAGACGCGCAAGAAGAAGGAAGAGAGGGGGAGGAAACGGGGGCACCGGGGGCCCGACGGGAAGCAAGCAGAAGGGGCCGAGCCGACGCCGCACACAAAGAGGGCACCGGGGAGCAAAGGGACGGGAAAAGCGCAGGCGGGAAGGGGCGACGCGAAGAAGAAGGGAGGGCGAACAACCCCCAGGGGGGGAGGGAAAAGGCGAAGGGGAGAAAGGCGACAAACGGAAAAAGGCAGGGGAGGGGGGAAACAAGCACCGAGAGCGGGGGAGGAGACGGGGGCAAGGGGCGGAGAAGCGGGGGAGGCACCAAAGGCCGGGGGGACAAAACGCGAGGGAGAAGGCAAGAGGGGGAGCAGAGGGGAGGAGGGCAAAGAGGGGGAGGAGAGGAGGGGGGGGAAGCACGAACAAGGCGGGGGGGGAGAAAGGGGCGAAGCGGAGGCAGAAGAAAGGCGAAAGGAGCAGGAGGGGGGGAAGGGAAGGACGGCGGGGGCGGACAAGGCAAACAACGGAAAGAAGGAGGAGGCAGCAAGCAAGCAAAGGACACCCGCGACGGGAGAAAGAAGGGGGCCGGGAGGGAAAAGCAGCGAGCAAAAGGCCAAGGAGCACAGCAAGAAGGCGAGACAAAGAGGAAGAGGGAAAGGAGGGCGAGCAAACAAAAGAGAGAGGAAGGAGGGGGCGCGGCGAGAGCGGACG